ACGACAUACAGAGCCUGCCGACUAUUAUCGAACUUCAGCAGCGGGGUUAAUGAAAAAGCAAACACUAUUUUAUCUUCAAUCAAUGAAAUUCACAAAUAUCAUUUACUAUCUGCACAUAAUAAGCAUAGGUACCUUCCUAUGAUAUUUCCAUGUCAGAAACAAUCCAACUGAAUAGAGAGGAUCCAACAACCCGGCCAGUCUCUCGGGUGUACCAGUGGUUGUUGGAUACCUCUCGAAAAGAUAAUGGAUGCCAUGACGGAAUCAUAACUCGCCUUUUUGACGUAGGCAACGACCUAUAUACAGCUCUUAUGAGGGAUUUGUCCACCAACAAAACUUUAUCCAAGUCACUAUACCGUCAAUUACAGAGUGGCCAUUCACAGUAUAUAAUUUGGGCUCGUGAUUACGACGUUGAAGGUGGAGGAUUGGACAGCCUACUUCAGAACUCCCAAAAACUUUAUAUAUCUGUUAUUGAGAUACUGGCUACUACGUGUGCAGCACUACGCAAUGUAUGCGUAAAUACGAUUCUGGAUAGCAAACUCGAAAAUCUAUGCCGAACUGUUUGGAUAGUCACUGAAGAGGCCUCAUACAUAGCUCAAGAUACCUCGGACUCUUCCGAUGGCGAAAGUGAUACAAGUAGCGACGAGAAUCAAGACAGCAAUGAAAGUCUACAAGACACCAUCGAAACAUUGCUAAAUGAGAUCGAGUGCUUGUUUGACCUUGGCCCACGAUUGGAAGAGCCCGUAUUUGAUUGUUGCAUCGAGGAGCAAACAGUGUUGCCAAGACCCCCCACUACCUCAGGCCCUGCUAGAUAUUUCGUUGAUAUUGUAUUAACCAAGUUCCCAAAGUGCGACUUUGACCUUGCGAUUGCGCUAGGUCAUGCGAACUGGGACUCGACACUUAGGCUACAAGAAAAACGGAAUGUUACCUCGAAGUCGCCCUCCGAAACUACUGUCGAUAAGCCAACAACAAUUUUCCAGGAUUCCGGCUUAGAGAGUAGCUUGCCUAAAAUAAGCCUCCGUGCAACUACUAUCCUCUCCUCUAAUGGAGAUGAUGCUAACGGAGAUAAGCCUGUGGGAACAAGGGUCCCGUCGCUUCCAAGCGAAAUAGAAGUAGGCCAAUUGUUCUCAUGUAUGAUAUGCGGAGAAUAUGUAGAGAAACAAGACAUGAGGGUAUGGAUGAGACAUCUCCUUGCCGACCUCCAGCCUUGGAUCUGUUGCCAGAUCGCCUGUCCGUGUGACCGUAAACCCUUCGAAACACGGGAAGAGUGGGUUGAACACCUUUACAAGGGACAUAAAAGCCACCCAGAGUGGGAUGACAAAACAUGCCCGCUAUGUCUUACGGUUAUUAAUGAGGGUGGCCUUAUAACACUUUCCCAUGUUGCGCGACACCUAGAAGAAAUAUCUCUAGCAGCCUUACCUUGCUACCCUGAGGAUGAAGAAGAGGAUGAAGACAGAAGAACCACAGUAUCAUCCAGCAUUCCGGAAUCCAAUUGGAGCAAUUUUGAAUUCUAUGACACAAUUAAAUAUCAAUGGGCUUUAGCGACAGAUCUUAUGCUGCCUAAGAUUGAACUCUCUGGAACUUUAACGGAUCAGCAAAUAACAGACCAGCUCCCCCCUACUAUUAAUAGUACGACUAAAAAAACAACUAAAAAAACAGCAGCAGCUUCACUACCAUCUACUACAGCGAAAUUAUGGUAUUGUUGUUUGUGUGAAUUCGGGCCGUGCACGGUGUCUUUGAUUCCAACGUGCCCGAAUUGCAUUGUGCAUCAUCGGUGCUCGGCGUGUCUACUUGUAUAACUUUAGGAAUACAGGUUGGACGGUAAUAUAAAUAUGAAAGUUACAGAUGAGUCUUGGAGAGUGCUUAAGAUAAGGAGAUGUACGAUUUUUUUCAACUUGGAUUUAAUGGUUUAAUAAUGCCACCACAUCUUUAUACAUUUCCACAUAUUAGACAAAUAAUGAUCUAGGUUAGGCGAGAAACAAAUUUUAAAUUUAGGUACUUUUGGGACUUCUUAGCAACUAUACUAUAACCGAAUGAAUUGAAUUGAGACUAUCU